CAAAUACGGGAUUAAAAACGGCAAACAGUCUCUGCCAAAUCCAGAUACAUUCGUCACUUGCAUGCCAUCACACACCAGUGUGUUAUAAUAGUGGAACGAAGUUGACAUUCUUUGAAACAUACGGAUUUUGGAAAUAGUAUUUGCGUGAAACUAAGGAAAAGUGCGAAGCAGGCUAUAAACAUCGAGCGAUAUAUUUAAACAAGUGUGAAAUAUGUUAAAUGCGCAAGCCGUCUUUUAUUCAUAAAACAGACGAGUACGGUUGUAAGGUGAGAGGUAUAUAGAGUGUGGUAUUUCCAUAAUACUUAGGAGAACAGCCUGUGGAUGUAAACUACAGGACUGUACACGGGGAAAGUGAAUGGGAGCCCCCGGGCGCUGGGAAACCUAUCAACGCCCUGCUGCGAUCCUCGUUAGCACGUGCACUCCAUGAUUUUCUCGAGCUCGGCGGGACACGAUGUACUGAUACAUCACCGGGUGACGUCAACGUCAAUUUGGAAUUCCCCGUCGACAUGUGCAAUUAGGAACGCAGCUCAGACAUUAUCUCAUAGUUUUGUAGGAUUUAAAAUCAUAGUAUGCACGUAUUUUGAAACGUUUUGAAGAAGAUGUGUAACACAGUUUUCAGUGCUUUUUUCUUUGGUGUUCAAAAGCGUCCAAGCGAACACUUCGUGAAUGUACUCAUGUCGUAUGAAAUCCGAGAAACAACGCUCCUUUCUUACAUUUGUCAAUUGUAAAUUACUUUAUACCGUAUAUAAACAAUAACAUUACUCUCGUCAUAUACCAGAACGUGACGUGAUAUUCCUAACGCUAUGGUGGAGAACAUGGCACCUACGUUAGAUAACAACGUUCACUACGACGACGUUUAUCGUCACGACCACGACCACGACAUGGAUUAUCUCAAUGAGGCAAUGCCGGACUUGCACGGCUCGGACGUGUGUCGCUACUGCGCGGCAUGUGGCUGCCGUAUAGACGACCGCUACUUCCUGAUGGCGGCGGAGAAACACUGGCACGUGCACUGUCUCACGUGCGUCGACUGCAAGCUGAACAUGGACAACGAGCUCACGUGCUUUGUACGCGACGGCAACGUAUACUGCAGAGAGGACUACUACAGACGUUAUUCAAUAAAGUGCUGCGCAAAAUGUCGUCUGGGAAUCGCCGCAAACGAGAUGGUGAUGCGUGCGCGUGACUUUGUGUACCACGUGACCUGCUUCACGUGUUGUUCGUGCAAUAAGACGCUACUUCCGGGGGACUAUUUUGGGAUGCGAGAUCACGUGAUAUAUUGUCGCGAGGAUUACGAGAACGCGGUGCAAGGUUUGGGUCCCGGUCUGUCGCCCGCGGCCGGGAUCCAGUCGGGUAGCCCAGGCAUGAUGGGGGUAGACGGCAUGGAACCAAUCCCGUUCUACCCGGAAACCAAGCGCACACAAAAAGGGCGACCCAGGAAGCGGAAAUUAGCCGCCCCGGAAAAUAGCGGAUAUCGACAAAUGAGUUAUUUAUCGGGUGACCCAGACCCGCAGCGGGAUGGCGUGGUGGGACAAGAUGGCUACCUUACAUCCGGGCAACCCCGCCAGAAGCGCGUGCGGACUUCGUUCAAACAUCACCAACUGCGGGCCAUGAAGUCUUACUUUCAGUUGAACCACAACCCGGACGCAAAAGAUUUAAAACAACUGGCACAAAAGACGGGGCUAUCAAAACGAGUCUUACAAGUGUGGUUCCAGAACGCGCGCGCCAAGUACAGACGACACGUGCUGAAACAGGAACAGACGAAGAGCGAGGGAGGGACAGUCACAGAGACCGAGUUCCGGUUGAGUGACGACGAGAAACCGGACGACAAAACCUUCACGGAAGUGAGCAAUAACAGCUCCUCAUCGCUGUCGGACAUGUCCGACAUUCCACAGUCGUCACUUCCGGAUUACGACCAACCCACUUCCGGCUUAUCAGAACUCUUUUCAAGUACUAUUUCGGCGAUAAAUUGAUUAUUCAAAGCUGGUGUUAUUUUAUUUGAGCACGUACUGAUCCCAUGGAUUUAUUUAUUUUCUGCGCAACGACGUUUUACUAUAUAGUGUAUUAUACGUAUAGAAACAUGCCGUGAAACCGUGACCAACUUGCGAAGUUUCGUUGUAUCCGAUUGGACUAUGAACUUAAUUUAUUACUUACUAAUGCGGUGUGAUUUCAUGUGGGUGUACUAUGUUGUAGCAUUAUGUCUUGUCUUGUUGUACAACAUUAACAUACCAUACGUAACAUGCGUGAUGAAAAACGCAUGUAAGCACGCUUUUUAUGUCGCAAUUUUUGAGACCUAAAUUCCCAUCUUAGGCUUCGAAAAAAAUAUUGGAAUAACAUAAAUCUAUACGGAAUUGUUGAACGUCACAAAUAUGAAGAAGUGAGUGGUUAAAUCCGUGAACAUUUGAGCCUGAGGAUUAAUUCCUUUAGAUAUUUGAUAGUGCGUAACGAUGUUGUUAUUGUUGUUCGUUUGUGGUCAA